GAGGUCACGAGGGGAGGGGGCUCGAGAUGGGGGACGAUCCCGGGGCAGUGGGGACCUUUGUAUCCUCGUGGGAUGGGUCAUGGGGGGAGGGGGGCAAAGAUCCCGUGGGGGGGGGCAUCCUUCGCGAGGGUGGAUCUCGCAGGGACUGGGAGAGCCCUCGUGGGGGAGGAUCCGGGGGGGAAGGGGCAGCCCUCGUGGGGGUGGACCUCAGGGGAAGCGGAACCCUUAAGGGGGGAAUCCCUGGGAGAGGAGACCAAGAGAGUCCAGAAGAAAUGGCUGUUGUGAAGUCUGAGAAGGAAGAAGAAAGUACUUGUAGCAGAAGCAGUAGUAUUGGAGGCAAUGGUGAGGGUCAGGAAUCCCAGCCUUCCCCCCUGGCUCUGCUGGCAGCUACGUGCAGCAGGAUUGAGUCUCCCAAUGAGAACUCCAACAGCUCCCAGAGCCAGCAGGGGGGCUCAGGUGAGCUGGACCUCACAGCUGCUGCCGCUCAGCUUGCCCAGACUACAAAUGGUUGGCAAAUCAUUUCCACUGUCCCUGGGACAUCCACCUCCUCCAAGGAGCAAGGGAGCAACGGCAGCGAAUCCUCACCAAAAAACCGACCUGUGACAGCUGGGCAGUAUGUGGUUGCUGCUGCCCCCAAUUUGCAGAAUCAGCAGGUGCUGACCAGUUUGCCUGGUGUCCUACCAAACAUUCAGUACCAGGUGAUCCCACAGUUUCAAACUGUUGAUGGGCAGCAGCUGCAGUUUGCCACCACCCCAGCCCAAGUUAACGUCCAGCAGGAUGCCUCUGGCCAACUUCAGAUCAUCCCUGGGACAAAUCAACAGCUCAUUACAAAUAGAGGUGGGACAGGCAAUAUCAUAGCCGCCAUGCCAAAUUUGCUGCAGCAGGCUGUCCCAAUCCAGGGGGUUGGAUUGGGCAGUAACGCUCUCUCGGGACAAACUCAAUACGUGGCAAAUGUCCCAGUGGCUUUAAAUGGUAAUAUCACCUUGCUGCCUGUCAGCAGUGUUGCCACCAGUUUGGCGCCCACUUCUCAGACCGUCACUUUAAGUAGCUCUGGCUCUCAAGACAGCAGCUCUCAAAUAGUGACUUCUGGUGCUGCAAUCAGCUCUUCCAACAUAGUGACGUCCCUUGCCACCUCUGGUGCUUUUUUCACCAAUGCCAACAGCUAUUCUACCACGACCACAAGCAGUAACAUGGGCGUCAUGAAUUUUUCCAGCAGUGGGACCAUGGGAACAAAUGUUCAGGUCCAGACACCCCAGAGGGUUAGCGGCGUUCAGAAUUCGGACUCUCUACAGAACCAGGUUUCUGGUAUGGGACUUCAGCAAGGUCAGCAGAAGGAUGCCGAUCAAAAUCAGCAGUCUCAGCAGCAGAUCCUAGUGCAGCCUCAGCUUGUGCAGGGAGGGCAAACCAUUCAGGCCCUCCAAGCUGCUCCACUCUCUGGCCAGACCUUUACCACCCAAGCCAUCUCCCAAGAUGCUUUGCAGAACCUUCAGCUUCAAGCAGUCUCCAACUCUGGGCCAAUCAUUAUUCGAACACCUACUGUGGGGCCAAACGGACAGGUCAGCUGGCAGACUAUUCAACUGCAGAAUCUUCAGGUGCAGAACCCCCAAGCUCAGACAAUCACCUUGGCCCCAAUGCAGGGAGUCUCUCUGGGGCAGACGGGGCACACCAACACGCUCACACCAAUAGCAUCUGCCUCACUCCCCAGCGGCACUGUCACGGUAAACGCCGCUCAGCUGUCUUCUAUGCCAGGCCUUCAGACCAUUAACCUCAGUGCCUUGGGAGCGUCUGGAAUCCAGGUACACCAGCUACAAGGGCUGCCACUGGCUAUAGCAAAUGCCACUGGUGAUCAUGGUGCUCAAUUGGGCCUGCAUAGUGGAGGGGGUGACGGAAUGGGAGACGAAAACGCUACUGUGGAAGAAGGGGAGACUAGUCCUGACCCACAGCCACAAGGCCGAAGGAUGCGGAGAGAAGCCUGCACCUGCCCAUACUGCAAAGACAGCGAAGGAAGGGGUUCUGGGGAUCCCGGUAAGAAGAAACAGCACAUCUGCCACAUCCCAGGGUGCGGGAAGGUGUAUGGCAAGACGUCCCACCUGCGGGCUCACCUCCGGUGGCAUACCGGGGAGAGACCUUUCGUCUGCAGCUGGUUGUUCUGCGGGAAGCGCUUCACGCGCAGUGACGAGCUGCAGCGACACAAGCGCACGCACACAGGUGAGAAAAAAUUUGCCUGCCCGGAGUGCCCAAAACGCUUCAUGAGGAGUGACCACCUGUCCAAGCACAUCAAGACCCACCAAAACAAGAAGGGAGGCACAGCCAACAAUGUGGCCAUGAACGUCUCUGCGGUCUCCAUGGACUCAGGGACUUCGGAGGGAAACAGUGGGCCAACCCCAUCGGCCCUCAUCGCAACCAACAUGGUGGCCAUGGAAGCCAUUUGUCCUGAGGGCAUCGCACGCCUUGCAAGCAGCGGCAUCAAUGUCAUGCAAGUGGCAGAUCUUCAGUCCAUCAACAUCAGUGGGAAUGGAUUUUGAGAUUCUGUGAACCACAAGUCAUGGACAAUGUCCAAAUCUGGGGUUCAAGGUAGCAUGGGUCUAAGAGCCGACUGGAGAGGGAGAAGAUAAAUAUUUUGUUGCUCGUGUGCUGAGAGGGUAGGGUCGGUUACACCUUCUAGCACGAGUGCCCAGUUCCUCUCUGCCAGGAAUGCUACUUGAAAACAAGGCCCGGCGAUCGGCUCAGACCUCUGAGGCCCAGUGACUACAUGGGGAUGCCAGAGCUUUUUUUGACUCGACUUUCCCCUCUCCCUCAUAACUUCUCCCCUAUCUUUCCCUCAGUAGGUACCCCGAUGCCAACAUGCCUUGGUAAAUGUAUAUGAUCAUUGAAAUACUUUUUAGCGCAAAAAAAAAAGAUUCUAUAUUAUUAUUAUAUAUAUAUAUAUAAAAAUAUAAAAUGUGUUCAUUUGAGCAAGGGAAAAAAUUGCUGCGACCAAAGUGUUUGGUCUAUUUUGGAUGCCUUAUCUUUGAACAGAUGACCCCGUGGGUAGUUAAUGAGACAAUACCCAAGCUGUUGUUCAGAUGCUAUAUUACAUUUUACAUUGUAACCUUAAGAAAAUUAGCCUUUUGUAUGCUCUGCUUUUAGGUUUCUUUUUUUCCUUAAUUUUUUUAAUUAUUUGGGUGAGGUUUUCUUCAUAUAAAACAGUCACCCUCUUCCUUCCCCUGCCUUAAUCCCUUCAUUGCUUUAUUUUAAAUUGUAUUUGCUGCAGAGAUUCUCCUAUCAGAGUUAUUUUAACCCUUGCUGUUUCAUUCUGAGCAUAAGUGUACGUGUAAAAUUGAUUGUAAAGGUUUUUGUGCGGGUUCACUCGAGCUAUUUACCAGAAGAGGGUCCGGGACCCAUAAUGCAUUCUGAGUUUUUUGCGGGGGAGGGAAGGGAAGGGGAGUCUUGGGCAAAUUUAUUUUUCUGCAGUCGGUCUUAAAAACAAAACGCCAAUGUCGGUGUGUCCAGGGCUGGUGAGAUGAAGACACCUCGAGUGUCAAGUGGCAAAAAACAAUGAAUUAGCUGAAAAUGCAGUGGAGAAGAGACCACAGAUAACACUGUGUCUAUCCAGAGUAUUGUACCUAGUCUGGUUAAAAUGUAGCAUGAAGGGGAUGCCUGUUUGCAUCCCUAAUCUGAGGGUCACUGCAGAGCAGCUGAUGAUGCUAGUGCAGAGGGUGAGUAGAAAUAGACUGUUGGUCAGACUGGCAGGCUGCUGGUACAUUUGUAAGUGGCAGGGAGUUUGUCUGCCAGACAUGGACAUCAGGCAUUUGGUGCUUAGUGGACAUGUUACACGGCCCUGUGCUGGGGCUGUUUGUUAAUGGGACGCAUGUCUCUUAUUCAGAUUAAAUCAUCACAUCAUCUUGCCAGAUUUUUUUUUUCUUCCAACACUACAUUGCUUUUCUGUCUCCAAGACUUCCCCGUUCUUUCAGAGAUUUCCAAACCAGUAAUUGGAAACAAAGGAAUUUCUUGGCCAUCUUUUCCUCUUAGUCUUUUUCAAGGCCAUGGUGGGUCCGGAGGCUGGUAGUUCUGAAUCGUUCUAGACUCCUCUGUCCAACUCACUCUUCGUCCCCCGCCCUUCUCUUCCUGCUGCAGCCACAACAAAGUGGGUGUUCCCUAAGGCCUGUCCGUUUCCCCUAGCCCUUCUGUGAAGCCCAGCUGAAACGGAGCGAGCUGUCCCUACGACAGCAUAAAAUUGCAGGAAGAGGACAUUGUGCACUGUAGAUUGUGGGGGCUUCAGGAUUUAGAAUCCCUCCAGAUGAGAAUUCAGUCACCUUUAUGUGUCACCCACCCUCCCUCAACCCACAAAUCAUCCUUGAUAAUGAAGCUGCGUGUCAUUCGUGAACUCAUGCAUUUCAGUGCUUGGUGACUUCUUUAGUAAAUCUUUGGUUCAGAGACACCUGAUGGAAAAACAAGGGCUUGAAGAAUCCUCUAGGAAUAAGGUGAAUUUUAUUUAAUUAGGAUGAUAAGCAGUGUUCUGGUGUGUUUUCAUAUAAAAAUAAAUGCAGGAAACUGCCAUAUACUCCUGCAACCUGGUGUUCGAUAGCUUAUUAGUGCAGGCAGGUGGUAGUGAUUUUAAUUUGUAAGCUGGAUCUUCUGUUGAAUCCCUUUGCUGAGGAAGGUAGAAACAUUGGGGUUUGCAUUAACCAGCAUCAAGGCUGAGCUGCAGUAGAGCCCUUGUCUGGAAGAGCAGGAGGCAAAGGUCUGUGUCUGAUGUGUGGAAAGGUUUUUAUAUUUGGAACUCUGUUGGAAAAUGCAGCAGCUUUGGAAGUUAAAAACUAAAAUCCCUUUGUAUGGGUUGCUAUUGAUUGUGUAACUAUAUAUAAUAUCUAUCAAACCGUUUAAAACAAAAAUUUGGUGUUGGGUGCAGAGGAUAGUGUUAGGCCAGUGUUAAUUGUUCCUCUCAAAAAGAGGAAGGAAAGAGGUAAGUAGCAAGUGGGAGGGCAGAUAUUACAGUGGAAUCAGUGUCUCUCUUCACAUUUUGGUCCCACGGUUGUUGCUGAUUUUCAGCACACAUGGAGGCGUUGGACUCUCUUCCAUUCCCUUUUCAUGCUUUUUGCUGGGAGGCUUCUAGGAAGUUUUUUAUGCAUGUGCAUGGAAUUGCAGGAAGGCAACCUGUUUGGUAGGGAGAAACCCCAAACAACAUUGAGAUGAAAUAAAACUUUAUAUGAACCUGAAUCACACCUGUAAAUGGUGCUUACUUUCUCUCUAACUAAAAGCAUGUGUGAUUCUGCUGUAUAUUUUAUAUACACCUUGCAUAUAAACACUUCUUUUAACCUGUUCUACGUAAGGAGAAUACACUUGAAAUGAGGCAGAUGCCGUGUGCUUAGGGGCUUUAUAAGAAAGUUCAGGAAUAGUGGAUGUUCUUAAUUAUUUCAAUAGCUCUCCUAGACCAGUUGCUGAGAGCAUAGAGGCAGUUUUGAUAAGAGAGCCACUCAUAGGCACCGACACUGAGAGGUGGUUUUUGCUGAGUCUACUAUAGCAGGUUUCUUCUCUAUUCUAGUGUUGCUUGGAAAGUGAGGGAGAUGAUGCAUCAAGGCUUUUGGGUCAGGAAUAGCCAAUGAGAACACAGUGUUCCAAUCAAACAGAAGCUUACAGUGUGCCUCUCGGAAGAUUAUUGCUUGGACACUGCAGUUCUGGGAUCUAAGCAUCCUUCCUGCGUCAAACCAGCUGAGUUCUAGAGAACUGAAUUCUGGGCGAGGUGGGGAAACAGAUGCGUUAGUCAGACUAGUAUCAUGGGAUAGCAGUAACAGAUCAUCCUAAAAUGACCAGGGGCUUCUGUGCUGCUAGCUUACAAUACCGCAGACAGGCAACUUCUCUCUGAAUUCCCUUUUCUCUUCCACGAGAGCCAAAUUCUUUCCCCUCAUCAUGGGAUGUGAUGCAACCCAGAACACCAGGAGCGGGUAUUUCUAAUCAAGCUGCCAUUAAGACACACAGGCUGACCAUGGUUGCCAAGGUAGCUGGGCUCUGAAGAGCCAAUCACUCAGAAGUAACUUCUUUUUUUUUAGUGUAAUGCAAACCUCAGCACUAAUCCCCAAUUGUCUUGUUUGCUUUAAAAUCCUGUUUGUUUAACUUUAUAUGAAAAUUCCCUGCAACUGGGGGAUAUUACAGGUUCCUUUCUCAGAUCUGAGUUAAAUUUUUGGCAAGGUCUGUCUGUCAGCCAGUUCCCUUGUCUUCAUUCUGGGUGUGGCUCGCUCACUUAGGUUUGGAGAGAGAUUUCUUCCACAGCGGGAUGUGAGAGUUUUGUACCUUUACUAAUUCAUGACUGCUUGGUGACCUUCCUUCACCAGACUCUGUGUCUGUGUUGUCAGAUCAUCAGCAUGCUUUGUCAGUUUCAAACAGCAGUACCUCCCCCUUUGCACCUGCAAAAUGCCUCCUUGUCUUCAAAGCAGAAAUUGGUGCAUGCUGGCAGGAGGCAAAGUCCUGCCAAACUGUGAAGUGUGAACACAUUUUUACCUUUUAAAAAAAUAAAUACAGGGAGGGAAGAAUCUUAGCUAUCACUGUAAAUUCCUCUGGCUGAUUUCUUUCUUCUCUCUAUCUCUAUUUUUGGACUUGUAUAUUUUUAUAUAGGAAACUUUGUAUUUUUUUAACAAUCUGUGAAGCACUAUGAAUUCCAGUUGUGUCAAAUGUCAAUAUCUUCCGCAUCUUGUGAAUACUGGAAGCUAUGGAUGGUUAGUAGAAAGCAGUGUUUAAAAAAAACGAAAAAAACAAAAAACAUAUUUCAUUAACUGCCUCAUUAGGCUAUUCGGGUGCCCAUUGCUAGAACAGCUACCUGAGAACAUUGCCAAUUCCUCCUUGUCACUUGCAUUCUUUGAUGUAUUGAGGUCAAAGGUAGAUUUAGAGAAGUUCUGGAAACUAUCCAGGUUACAUCACUUGGUGACCACAUAUUCAGUAGUUAUCCAGUAUGUCAAAUGCAGCAUAAUGCUGGGGGAGCCCGUGUCUCCACUGAGAACAUAAUGUACUUUCAUCUUCCGUCCACAUAACUGUCCACUAAUCCAGGAUUUUCGCUUAAGAAGCCUAGUAUAACCUUAGAAGGGUUGGAAAGGAUCCCUAACUGUAAUCUCCUUGUCCUUGUGGGGUAGUGUAUCCUAACUAGAAGGGAAAGUAGUGGUCAGCUUGGACGGUAUUGCCUUGUUUCUAAAGCGCCGUCUUUGAGGAAUAUUCUUUGGACUGAGGUUUCUACAGGUUUCACUGUGACCUUGUUGAACAGGUCCCAGCAAUGGAAAGCUCACCACAGAGGAAUGGUGCUUUUUUUCCCCCCCAUUAAGGAACCAGAAUUAAUCUGUAGUUUCCUGUGGAAAAAAAUGGCCCUGCAUGUGUCUCCGCUCCUCAGUGAUUUAAAAUCUUAAAAAUCAGACCCGUUACACCUCGUGACAUCGCUCAGGGCUGUGAAAGAUUGUGGGCCCUGAGUGCUGUAGAUAGGUCAUCCUAACUCCCAGUGUAGAUGGGGCAAGGUCAAUGGGAUCUUCUGUUGACCUGGCUACUGCCUCUGAGAGGUGAAUUAGCUCCAUUGACAGAAGGAGUUUUCCUGUCUACAUAGGAAGCAUGGAUGCUUCGGCACAGCUUGUAGACACGGCUCUACCAUAUGUCAGAUCCAAGAGCAGCAGCACCAACUUUUUAUAGAUUGGAGAUGGAAAACAAGCAGAAGAACACGGGUAUGGACUGUGCCUUGAACCUAUGUGAAGUGGCUGGUCCUAGCUGCAAGGGCAAUGCAGUUCUUGCCCAAAUCCAGGCAAAAACUGUAGGAUAGAUGUUUGCUAAAGGCUAAUUCCCAAUGUCCCGUCCCCACCCCGGUCCUGUUAACGUACAUGAUGGACCAGCUAAUACAAAGAACAUAAAGUAUCUGAGAAUCUCGCUACAACUCCAUAGCCACUCUGGCCCAGAUCCACAAGGUUUUUGGCUUCUAACUUUCAUUGAUUUCAGUGGAAGUUAGAAUCCUAAAUACCUUUGUGGAUCUAGGCCUUUGUGUCUUAGAUAAGCCCAGCUCUUUGGGGGCAGUGGGAAGAAGAGGUGGCAGAGGGAGAAUGUACUCUUGGGCUGCUGCAGCUCCUGGGGAUCUGAAGAACCUCUCCAUUUGCAAAAGAAAAUUUCGCCUUGGGGUUUAGAAAUGAGAUUUCUCCGUCCCUGCUGACCAGCCACAGCUCUCAUGGACUUCACCGGGCACCUCACUGCCAUUGCUCAGGUCACUUUGGCAUUCAUUAGCCUCUCUGGUCUCAUUAGACAGUCGCUCGUUAAUACCCAUCACCCUCCUCUGCUCAUUCGGCUUGCCUUGUUUACGCAACCGCAGUUGACUGUCUGUAGCUGGCUCACAGCGGGCUGUGCCAAGAUCCAUGUGCCAUGCUGAGCCUGGUAUCCUUGCUUUGUAUCCUACGGUAACAAGUUUGGGUUGGUUUGUGGUGGUUUGGGCAGCAAUGCUGAUGGCCCUGUUGCAAACUCAGUGGGGGAAAUCUUGACCCCGUUUACAACCAAGGCAAAGCUCCUGUUGACGUCAGUGGGGCUAGGUGUCACCCCCAUGUCUGUUGCUUCCGUUAAAUGAAUUGCACUGUUCACCCAAGCACAUGACUGGCUGCUUCUGUGUCAGGCUCUCAGGAUGCAACGGGGAGCGCCUGUAUAACUUUGAGAUCUGCAGUUCCCUGUGGAAUUAACUGUGCCUUUUUAUACAGGGGUUCCAAGUGGCCAAACCAUUUGCAGGCAGGAUUGUACUGGGCUGUUUUUAACAAUUUUUUUUUUAACCCCAUGAUGGCUCAAAAUGGUCUCUUCCCGCUUUAAUCUACCCAGCCCUGUUUUUCCUUAAACUUGAUUAGCAAUUCACUUUCCCCACCCCGCCUGCUAGGGAAAUAACAUGUGUCCACUAUUCUAUGCAUUACAGCGGGGUUGUGUGCAUGGGGCGUGGCUAGUUUAAGCCAAUGCCCGUUGCUUUUGUGAGCUAACAUGCGCCAAUACCCCCCUGAGGGUUAGUGAAACCAUUUCACCAGCACUUCCUGUAGCUCCCUGGUCCCUCCUCUGACCGCCUCCCCCAUCAUUCCAAACAGGAGCCUCAAUUCGAUUCACCUUUUUGGGUGCUGACAGCACACGCUUCGUGCAACCUGUAACACUGGCAAUAAUUCUCUCGCUGUGUAAAGACUGUUUUAUCCUGUAAUAAUGUCUUUGUGCUUUUUUUAAAUCCAAUUGCCGAUUUAAUGAUGUCUGAAACACAUUUUAAAAGUGCUUUUUUUUUUUUUUUUUUUUUUUUUGUACAAAGAUUAGAUUAAAAUGUAGUUUGGCUCCUUUGUAAACAGAUUACAACUUUUUUUUUUAAGGUAAAUAAACAAGCGUCUACGGA